AUGAUAAUAAUAGGAGUAUAUGCCCCUAGCGACGAUGCGGAUCCUUUAACAAAAGAUAUGUUUUUCAAUAAACUAACGCACAUAAUAUCCGACAUUAAACACGAUAAAGAAUUAUUCUUACUGGGAGACUUCAACUCAAGAACGGGAACAGAAACCAAUAGCCCAGUGGUGGGGCAGUACGGAGAGAGGUCAACCAACGACAAUGGUCUCAGGCUAAGAGGCAUGUGCGAAAGCCUAAAUUUAAAAAUUAUGAACGGCUUCUUCCCUCAUAGAGACAUUCAUAAAUUGACGUGGACUCAACCAACUCGCCAGCUACGCUCCAUAAUUGACUAUCUGAUACAGCGACAAAACUCAAAACUAAAAACCAUUGACGUAAGGGCUUACCGUGGAGCAGAAUGUGGAUCGGACCAUCAUUUGGUGGUAUCAAAUAAUAUAUAUAUUUGA